UGUGUGUGCGGAAACUGUCAGGUAGAGAUCUGCUGUCUCUCGGUGAGUUGCAGCCAAUGCAGCGAACAGAUUUAGUAAAUAUUCCGAUAUGAGGUUCAUACAAACAGCCAGAUUAACUAUGUUCUCAUAACUUCGCUCCAGACUUGAGUUCAGUAACGUUAGUGGACGUGGGCGAAGGGACCGCAAGCCAGGAACAAACGGGAAAUUCAACUGUCAGCUGGCCGGGAAAACCGAUCGCACCACCCGGCUUCCGGGGAUUCAGGGGCCGCAUCGGUUGACUGCAGACGUCGGUCGGUAGCUCGGGGGAGUUAUACAUCAUCUACAUCAUCGCCGACAUCCACCUCUCGGUUUCAGCGACUUUCGAGAUGUCAAGAAAGCUACAAAGGACAGAAGUCUGCGCGGACUGCAGUGCGCCAGACCCGGGCUGGACCAGUAUCAACCGAGGGGUCCUCAUCUGUGAUGAAUGCUGUUCAGUCCACCGCAGCUUAGGUCGCCAUAUCUCUAUAGUCAAGCACCUGAGGCACAGUGGAUGGCCUCCCGCACUACUGCAGAUGGUUCAGACGUUGGCCAGUAACGGGGCCAACUCCAUAUGGGAACACAGCCUCCUGGACCCUGCUCAGGUACAGAGCGGCCGUAGGAAACCCAACCCCCAGGACAAAGUCCAUCCCACUAAGUCCGAGUUUAUCAGAGCCAAAUACCAGAUGCUGGCCUUUGUGCACAAGCUGCCCUGCCGCGAUGAUGAUGGCGUCACUACCAAGGACCUCAGUAAGCAACUUCACUCAAGUGUGCGGACGGGGAGUUUAGAGACGUGUCUUCGGCUCCUGUCCCUCGGUGCUCAGGCCAACUUCUUCCACCCGGAGAAAGGCACUACCCCGCUCCAUGUGGCAGCCAAGGCAGGCCAGAUCCUGCAGGCUGAGCUGCUAGUGGUGUACGGUGCAGACCCCGGAGCACCUGACAUCAACGGACGGACACCUAUGGACUACGCAAGGCAAGCGGGCCAUAUAGAGCUAGCAGAGCGGCUGGUAGAGUGUCAGUACGAACUGACGGACAGACUAGCCUUCUACCUUUGUGGGCGGCGCCCAGAUCACAAGAAUGGCCAUUAUAUCAUUCCUCAAAUGGCAGACAGAGCUCGUCCUAAGUGCCCGACACAGAGUCUGGACCUCUCAGAAUUGGCCAAGGCUGCCAAGAAGAAGCUCCAAGCACUCAACAAUCGGCUGUUUGAGGAGCUAGCAAUGGAUGUGUAUGAUGAGGUAGAUCGCAGAGAAAACGAUGCAGUGUGGCUUACGACCCAGAACCACAGCACUCUGGUAACAGAACGCAGCGCGGUGCCCUUCCUACCAGUCAAUCCUGAAUACUCUGCCACACGCAACCAGGGCCGUCAGAAGCUGGCCCGUUUCAAUGCUCGGGAGUUUGCCACACUCAUCAUCGACAUCCUGAGUGACGCCAAAAGGAGACAGCAGGGGAAAGGUCUCAGCAGUCCUACUGACCCAUUUGAUCUGGGCAUUGAUGAUGACCAGCAUGACUACGACAGUGUAGCCUCUGAUGAAGACACAGACAGCGAGCUUACCACCCAGAACAACAACAACACGCAACGCAGCAACCGUGCAAAGAGUAUGGACUCAUCAGACUUGUCAGACGGCCCCAUCACCCUGCAGGAGUACCUGGAGGUAAAGAAGGCGCUGGCCUCCUCAGAAGCCAAGGUGCAACAGCUGAUGAAGGUCAACAACAACCUGAGCGAUGAGCUCCGGCGGCUCCAGAAGGAGAUCACACGGAUGCAGACAGAGAACAGUGCGCUGCGGUGGGGCCAGCAGGCUGGGGGGGCAGCUGGCCAUGGGGUAGGGGGGCCUGGUGGAGGAGGAGGAGGAGGAGGAGGAGGCCACUGGCAAGGGGGUGGGAUGAGAGGAGGAAUAGGCGGAGUGGGUCUGGGUGGGUUUGGGACAGGAACGGACCCCCCAGGGCUGUCGGUGCCCUCCUCGGUCGCCACCCACUCCCAUCCCCACCGAAGGGACCGCCAGGCCUUCUCAAUGUACGAGCCAGGGGCGGCCCCCGGCCCCACGGCCCAUGGUCCCCCAGUCCUGGACUCCCUGGCAGCCCGCCUGCAGCCCCUCAACACACCCAGCGUACGGAAGGGUGGUAUAGGGGGUCCAGCACCGUAUGGAGGCCAACAUCUGUCUGGAUCUACAGAGAUGGGCAGAUACAUGGUCCCCAAACCAGAGAAGCACGGCAGUGGCACUGACAGCGACUAUGACAACACACAAACAUACGACCUCUCACUAAGUAUGGGGCGCAGCAGCGAGGAGGAAGGUGGUCGUGGGGAGUCUGAGGAGGGAGGAGGUGGGGACAUGGGGGAGCCAGACCCCACCCUACCCUGCACAGAGGAUGUCAUACUGAAGACUGAGCAGGUGACCAAGAACAUCCAGGAGCUCCUCAGGGCUGCUCAGGAAUUCAAACACGACAGCUUUGUUCCAUGUUCUGAGAAGAUCCACUCUGCUGUCACUGAGAUGGCCUCACUCUUCCCCAAACGCCCGGCAUUAGACGCAGUCCACUGCUCCCUCCGCCUGCUGGCUUCCAGUGCCUCGCGGUUGCAGGUGGAGUGCCGCAAGGCGGCGCCCUCAGAGCCUGGCGGCCCUGCGGUGGACUACCAACUCCUCACUCAGCAGGUCAUCCAGUGCGCCUACGACAUCGCCAAGGCUGCCAAGCAGCUGGUCACCAUCACCACUCGUGAGAAGAAACAAUGACCCACCAACUACAUGGAUGGAUUGAGAGGGAAGAGGGAGGAGAGAGAACGGAUCAAUGCAUGGGUGCGCUAAGCGGGAUGGGGAGGGGCUUCUCGGAGAGGAAGAUAGAGGGGAAAACCGGAUCACGCUAUUAAUGGGAGGACGAGGAAGCAGGAGCGAUCAGGGUAACGAUGGCCGCGAUGAGGGAAGGAAAAAAAGUCUGGAACAUGCAUGGCAAAGGAAUUGGGGGAGGGGAAAGCGAAUUGAUUGUUUAGUAGAAAAACUACAGGGGACUGAAAAAGGAGAAAUUCCACAAGUGUGGAAGAGAAAGUAGGGUAGGACUCGUGGAAGGAUCCAACAUGGGAACUACAGCCUGCUGCAACCUAAGUUAUCUGUUGGAGUCAGAUGUGUAUAAUAAACCACUUAAACUGUGAUAAGCAUACGUGAAAUCCAACGGUGGCGAUGUACAGUGAACUGGAUCCGGAGAUGAUACCGCUUUAUUUAUUCUCCCCUGUCACUCGUCAUCCCUCCCUCCCCCGGUUUACCUCAGCUAGGGAGAGAGGAAGUAUGUGCUGCGAGAGAGGGAAGUAGAUAGACCAAAAAAAUGACAUACUCCACACACCAUCUCUGUCCCUCCAUCCUGUGGAGUCAGGACCUUCUCUCCCCCCCCCCCCUCUCCUUUUCCCUCUCUAACUAGACACAAGGCCCCUAUGUCUCCUAUCCCGUCCCAGACAAGAUUCGCUUGCGGGGCAGAGGAGGAUCUCCUGGGACCCCAUCCAGCUCCCCCCCCACCCAGCCUAUCAGAUGCUUCCUCCUGGGUUAACUUUUGCAGGAGGGCUCCAGCGUUUCUCCGACCCGUCACCCCCUGUUGUCGGUGGUACACAGCAUGAUCUGGCAUGUUUUGAUUUCUUUCCUCUCUCUUUUUCUUUUUCUUUUUUUUUUUAAUACGCAGAUUGGUUUGGUCUGCACCUCCUGAGGACAAAAAAAUGACUGACUUACACAAACAAAACUUACACUGGAAUAAUUGUGACUUAUUGUUGUCGUUUAUUAUGCCUAUUGUUUUUUUUUUGUAUUGACAUUUUUACUGACUGUCAUCUUGAUUUAACUGUCUAUGUAUGUUUAUUUUAUUGUCUCAAAUAUGAUUCUCAUUUAGUGGAAUAGGGAGACAGGUGGAAGUAUGUGCUUAACUGGGAUUCAAGUAAGCACACACACAGACACAUGAAAGAAAUAACCUGUGAUGGUCCUCAACAUUUCUCAAGCACUCCUUUUCUAAGUGACAGUUGAGGUUUUUUUUUUUUUCAUGUUGUGAUGUGUCCUGUGGCCAAGGGGCUGAAAAGUUGCCAAAGGGGAGAGGAUGUUGGGGGAGAUUUGUUUUUGGUCUCGAUUUUCUGUCCAACCGAAAGCCCCUUGGUGCGUUAUGACAGGACCUUGAUCAAAAUGUUUUGGCUUGACUUAUCUCACAAUUUGCCUCAUUUAACAGAGCCAGUGGAAUCAUCUCAAAAACCGUAUUCAUUCUUGCUGUGCCAAGCAAGAUAAUAGUUGGUCCAGUUUGUGUAUGAGGACUAACACCCCCCCCUCCAGUCUUUGUUUAAAGCAGGAUGAUAUUUACAUGGCGGUGUGCUCGUGGAUGCUUGUAUUACACAGCAGCCAUUAUUUGUAUGCAUGGUAACAAAUGUUCAGUCACAUUAAGUUGAUACACAUACUGGUAUGUUGCAGUUAAGCUUCAAGUAGUCCUGUGGAAAGGACCAGAUCUAGCAACCUGGAAAGUAAAUAUGAGGAAUACCCGUUGCUUCGUUUCAUUUGAGAAUAUACACUCGUUUGAAAUUGAUUUAACCACCUCAAGUGUGUUUGAUGUAGUUUGCCAUGUAUUACGUUUACUUUUUAGACCGUCUGGCAAGCACAAUCGAGCUCACGUUCUGUUUUCCGAUUGAUUCUGUCACGGCCUGCUGAUCUGGGCCCCAGAAGUUGUCACUUCUAGCUCACUGUCUCUCAACACUGCUAAUGGGAGACAGCAUUGGGAACAAAGAUGUGUUUUGUUUGUUUUGUUUUUAUCACAAAGAGAGCGCACUUAGCCUACUGGAGGUUUAAAGUUGUACUGUGCCGAACAAAUAUGGUCAUAUCUUUAACAAAGGAUGCAGAUAGGAUCUAAAAAGUCUUUCCUAGCUGCCAGGAGGACCGUCCUCUUCUAGUUUAGAUUCACCUCUGAUCCUUCUCCAAUGAUUCUGGCGCCAGUUUCUCAAAGUGUUUGUGGCUUUAACAGUCGGUUGUUCUUGCAUUGGUAAAUAUUCUAUAAUCACGCACGGUGCUCAGAAAGCCUUUCCACAUUACAUUUACUUGCCUGAGAUUAUUGACCUCAUCCUUUAAACAGCCGUUGCAUCUCAAUUUUUUUUCUCUCGUAUUUCUGCCUUUUAGCAAGAAGCAAUUAGACCUUAAUUAGCCCCAAACACUUUUAGAGAUUGAUGCUAGAUCACAUUCAGCUCUUCUUUUGUCCCCCCCUCCUCAUCGUCACUCGGAGUCUCUGACUGUUCCAUGUCAAAACAAAUCAUUUCUAGAACACUCAUGAAAUGUGUCAUUGUUUAAUAUUUGAUGCCUUUGGACAUUAUCAUCAUCAUCACCUGUUUGGCUGAGUUACAGUGAUGUACCAAUUCUCUCUCUCUCUCACACACACACCACACGCACACACACACACGAGGGCCAGCAGAAAAGCUCGUCCCUUCAAUCAUGAUUGCCCAAGUUUUAGACUAGAGCCAUAUAUAUGAACAUAUAUUUUCAUGCUAUAUUUUAUAUUAAGCUAUAUGUUAGGGUUAUGUUUGCAAGAUAUUUAUGUCUAUUUCUUGGCCCAAGUGGACUUCAGGCUACGAGAUCUUUUCACCAAUCGUCAUUCAGCUUUUCAGUCUUGGCACCAAUGUACUUGUAGAUAUUGUAAGACUUGUGAGUAUGGUUAUGCUGUGGUAUUACCCCCUUAUGUAGUUAUAUUGUACAUAGUGGCGAUCCUAAUAGAAUUGGCAGGAAGCGAAGACCGAGAACAACAGUUUAAUGUAUGCGAUUACUCAGCGGUGUGGUCUGAGUUGCACUAUUUUCAAACACCAGCCAGAUAAAGUAGGAUCCACAUUUGUACCGCACUCUCCCAAAUGUCUUAGUACAAGUACAUUAGGUGCAGGAGGCAGGGUUUGAAUCGGGAUGGGGCAAUAGAAAAGGUCUGAAGCGCACUUUGGCUUAGCACUACAGUCAUCUCAAAAUGUCGGGAGAAGGGUCUAAAAUGCACAUGGCCUAGUCCUUUUCUGAGUUAAAAGACACUACGUAGGGUGCCUCUAGUAUGAAUGUUAAAUGCUUCUGUCAGUACAUGGUCAACACUUUCUACACCUUAAUCAUGUCCAAGAUUCAUCAAACACACACCCUCAACUUAUCAGUUGGACCAAGCCUUCUACAAAGUACAAACAUUAAAUCUGCAGCCAGUGAAUUAUACACACACACACUUCUGAUACUCAGCCAUUGGCGGUGCACUAUGGCCUGUGCUGUUGCUGUCGCUGCGUUUCAUUACAGCUCUACACUUUGGGAGAUUGGAGUUAUCUUUUAACAGAAGAUGUUAAAACUGUAUAAAGUAGAGAAAACAAUGACUUAAAAAGGUCAGUCGUAAUGGAAACUCAUAAGCUGUACAUUUGUAAUAAAAUAGUAAAACAAGUCAA